AAAUACAUAUGCCAUGAACCUCGAAUCUGCUUUAUUUUAAAAUUUUAACCUUUUCUAGGAACAAUUACUGAAUAAUAUCACAUGUAAAUGAAUUUUCAGCCGUAGUGACGUCUUCGUUUUCGCCGGCUCGAUUGACAGGAAAACCGGCACUAGAUAUGACGUCAGCUUUAUCACAGUUCACCCUGACUAUGAUCUUUCGUCCGAAAAGGUCCAAGAAAACGACAUUGCAGUUUGGGAGAUGGAUUCUCCCUUCAUUUGGACCGAAAAUAUUCAACCUGUGCGGAUCGCAAACAGCAGGGUAGAGGACAGGUGGCUCAUGACUGUCUCAGGAUGGGGAAACACUAAAAAUGCAUGGGACGCGUUUCCAUCUAAUUACCUGAAGAAGGCAGAGGUGCGAAUCGUGAACACGGAGGAAUGCAGAGCGCGUUACUACGCAGUUUUUGAAGUAGACAUCCCUGAGAACGCUAUUUGUGCUGGUGGCGAAGGAAAGGACACGUGCAACGGCGACUCAGGUGGUCCCCUGGUCAAGGAUGGCGUGCUUCACGGUGUUGUUUCAUUUGCAGUUCGUACAGCUUGCGGUUUUUUACCGGGCGGGUACACCGAAGUUGCAGUAUUCGCCAAUUGGAUCAACAGCGUGAUCUUCGAGGACAAUCAAUAAUAUUAUAUGUUUGCUCGGAAGGUUAAAUAAAGUACCAAACG